CAGGUGUCACAUUUAUAGCAUCUGACUCAGUCAAUGACAAAGAACAAGAUGAACACAUACAGAAAGCAGAUAGCAGAACAGUUCCUGAGUCAGGCGCUGGGCAUAAUCUGCAUGCUGACCGGAGAGGAAUACACCAUUGUGAAGAAGAGGCCCUCCCACAGCAGCAAUCACCGGCUGAGCGGAGAGGUGCCUAUAAAGUGCGAUGAUCUUGCCGUGUAUUUCUCUAUGGAGGAGUGGGAUUAUAUAGAGGGACACAAGGAGCUUUACAAGGACGUCAUGAUGGAGACUCACCAAGCACUAAGGACUAUGGAGAUCCCAGGAAAUGAGAGCUCAGAAUUAACAGGUCACAGAGAUGAAAAUCUAGACACAGGAUCAUGUAGAGAACUUGUACAGAAUAUUCAGCCUGUGGAGACCCCCUCAGACGUCUCUGCAGGUCUCAGUGAUGAACAUCUAGACACAGGAUCACAUGGAGACCAGAAUAUUCAGCCAUCAGAUGUAUCUGCAGGUGUAAACGAUGCUAAAAUGUUAUGUAACACGGAACAAACAGAGGCUCAGUGGCUAGCAAAUAUGCCAGAAGCUGCAAAGCAGGAAAUAUGUGACAAUAUAAAUACAGGUGAAAUAGAUGCUAAGAUUUCAUGUAACACGGAACAAACAGAAGAUCAGUGGCUAAGUAAUAUGCCAGAAGAUGCAGAGCAGGAAAUAUGUGACACUAUAAAUACAGGUGAAAACGAUGCUAAGAUUUCCUGUAGCACAGAACAAACAGAAGAUCAGUGGCUAAGAAUUGUCAAACCAUCAGAGCAGCAAAUGUGUGCCAAUAUAAGUACAGGUGAAUUCACAAAUUGCAAUAAUCUUGGUCAUCUUCUUCAAAAUCAAAGAAGCCACGUGGGAAAUGUAUGUUCUGAAUGUGGGAAAUGUUUUCUUAAGAAAUCACAUCUUUAUAAACAUCUGAAAAUUCAUACAGGAGAAAAUCUAUUCUCCUGUUCUAUAUGUGAUAAAUGUUUUAAUCGUAAACAAAAUCUUGUUGCUCAUCAGAAAAUUCAUACCGGAGAAAAGCCAUUUUCCUGUUCUAUAUGUGGGAAAUGUUUUAAUUAUAAAACAAAUCUUAUUGAUCAUCAUAGAAUUCACACAGGAGAGAAAGCAUUUUCAUGUUCUGACUGUGGGAAAUGUUUUACUGUGAAAUCAACUCUUAUUAAGCAUCAGAAAAUUCAUACAGGGGAGAAAGCAUUUUCAUGUUCUGACUGCGGGAAAUGUUUUACUCAGAAAUCACAUCUUAUUACGCAUCAGAAAAUUCAUACAGGAGAGAAAGCAUUUUCAUGUUCUGACUGUGGGAAAUGUUUUACUAUGAAAUCAACUCUUAUUGCACAUCACAAAACUCAUACAGGAGAGAAAGCCUUUUCAUGUUCUGACUGUGGGAAAUGUUUUACUAUGAAAUCAACUCUUAUUGCACAUCAGAAAAUUCAUACGGGAGAGAAGGCAUUUUCAUGUUCUGAAUGUGGGAAAUGUUUUACUUUGAAACCAACUCUUAUUAGGCAUCAGAAAACUCAUAUAGGAGAGAAAGCCUUUUCAUGUUCUGACUGUGGGAAAUGUUUUACUAUGAAAUCAAAUCUUAUUGCACAUCAGAAAAUUCAUACAGGAGAGAAAGCAUUUUCAUGUUCUGACUGUGGGAAAUGUUUUACUUUGAAACCAACUCUUAUUAGGCAUCAGAAAACUCAUUCAAAGAAAUCAGUUUAACCUCCUGAUGCAGAGGGUGACACGUAGUUUUCACCCACACAAUAUCAAGUGCUGAUGAUGACUGCAUGUGACCCCCUAUAACGCAAAGUUUUGCAGUUGUUUGAGGCACCUUUUGCACCUCAAGCGUUUAUGAGGUGAACCCAUGGUGGAUUUGAUUUAAAUCACUAGUCAGUAAGACCGAUUUAAAUCAUGGUUUUUAUUUUAAGAAUAAAACAUUUCAGAUUGUUUUUUCAGUUAUACCAGACCAUUACUGAUUUGGUUAUAUAUCAUAGAUAUGCAUAGAUAGAUCACUGAAAUUAAUAAAAUUAUUUGGAGGUGAAAUAUCUCCAUUUUAAUUGGUUAA